GCAACAUGAAAAUUUACGCAGAAGAUCGCUUGGUCCAGUUGAAACCAAAAUUCACUGCAGAAAAAUCGAAACCUUUUGCUCGUCCAAAGGAAAAGAGCAGCGACUGCUCGAGCGAGGAAAUUGAAUUUGAACAUCUCUGUUCUAAGCAGGCCGCAAAGAAGAGCCUAAAAUAUUAUUUGCAAAAUACAACAUUGCAUGGCUUAAAGUAUAUUGCCGAAGAUAAAAUAACAUUGCCCGAAAGAGCAUUUUUCGGUUUUGCAUUUAUUGCUGUAAUUAUAUUAUCCUCUUACUUCAUUUCUAACAUCUACAUGAAAUGGUCCGUUACACCGAUAAUAAUUUCGACAAGCGCCAAAGAAACGCUAGCUAGUGAUGUUCCCUUUCCUGCUGUAACGAUUUGUAAUCUCAACCAGGCAUCAAAGAGCAAAGUACAAGGCAUUGCUGAAAAAAAUUUAAAUUAUUCACUGCUAAUGAGUCUUUGCGGACAGAACGAGAGGGGCGAAUGGUAUAAUGUACGCGGUACUUGGAGAAAUUUCAAGGCCAUACUGAACGCGGUUGCUCAACCGUGCGAAGAAAUGCUCUUGUACUGCAGCUUCGGCGCAAAACGGGAAAAUUGUUCGGCCAUCUUUAAUUCGGCAUUAACCGAUGAUGGACUGUGUUGCACUUUUAAUGCUUUGGAUCCAUAUUUUAUGCUGCGUAAUUAUAGCGAGGAUGAUCGCAUCUCGCCGAAAUCUUCGAACCAUUUGGUACCCAUAUACUGGACGCCAGAAAGAGGUUACGCUGGUGAUUUGCCUAAAAACUUCUACCCACGUAUGCCUGGUGGCACCGGAAGUCGUUUAGGUUUGACUGUUGUUUUGAACUCUUCUGCCUUGGAGUAUUACUGCACAAAAUCUAAAAGCAUCGGAUUUAAGAUUCUGGUACAUAAUCCCGCCGAGCUGCCAAGGGUUAGCAAUUAUGGUUUCCUAGUGACGGCCGGACGUGAAGCUCGUGUACCCAUUGAGCCCAUCUAUGAGAACGCUGUGCCCUCAAUACGCGCCAUACACAAGGAGCGUCGUCGUUGCCUCUUCUCCGAUGAGGGCGAUUUAACCUAUUACCGAACGUACUCGCGCAGGAAUUGCGAAAUUGAGUGCGAGGCGAAAAUUUUAAUUGACAAAUGUGAUUGUGUACUCUACUAUUUGCCUCGCAUUAAUGGCUCAGCGCGCAUUUGUGGGCCCAACGACAACGCGUGCACGAAUGAGGUGCUGACGAAAAUCGAAUCGUUAGAUAAGAAAUUGACUUGCUCCAGUUGUUGGCCAGCAUGCUUUGAAUUGAGCUACAAAGCAAUGGUCACUGCGACCACCAUUACGCCGGGAAAAUUCUUAACCUUUGAUGACCUGCCGCUUGAUCUAUUCAGCGAUGCCACCAACUACGCAGAGAUAUCUAUAGUUAAUUUUUAUUAUCUAUCGCAUAUACUACGCACCACAACUAAGUCGGAAAUGUUUGGAUUUACAGAUUUUGUUUCUAGCACUGGUGGAAUUUUGGGCCUAUUUAUGGGAUUCAGCGUUUUCUCAAUCAUCGAAAUUAUUUAUUACGUCACUUUACGUCCAUACUGUGCUAGCCGCACCGUGGAUGUGUCACGUCGUCGUCGCCGCCAUAAGCACAUGAAAUGGUUGCAUAGCAUUAAAUGCAGAGUCCGACCGGGAAAAUAUGAUGGCAGCUCAAGGUUCUGGCAGAAUGAUACGGAACAAACGAAGGCUAUCAAGCAUAAAAAUUAUCGAAAUAAUUUAAAUCAUAUUUUACUGCAUCAUAAAAAUAACCAACUUAAUAAUAAUGAUGAUGGCGCACAACUGUAUCCCUAUUUGGAGUGA